AUGCCGUACGCGAAUCAACCGAUCGUGCGAAUCGAGGAAAUCAAGGAUGAGAACUGCAAAUUUUCAAUCGAAAACACUGAUCUUUCCGUAGCGAACGCCCUGCGACGCGUCUGGCUCUCGGAAGUGCCCGUGCUCGCUAUUGACUGGAUUCGAAUUGAAGAGAAUACUACUGUGCUGAUUGAUGAGUUCAUCGCCCACAGACUAGCGUUGAUACCACUUCACUGCGAGGAAGUCGUCGAAAAGAUGCAAUAUAUUCGGGACUGCAGCUGUGAUAAUUUUUGCAACGAUUGCACGGUAGAAUUUACCCUUGAUGUCACAUGCGAAACGGAAGCGACUCGUACAGUAACGACUGCUGAUCUUAUGUCUGGAAACCCAGCAGUUCAACCAGCCUUGGGGAAAAGUGACGACGACUAUAAUCGUGAUAGCAAUCAAAUUUUGAUCGUCAAACUUCGAAAGGGUCAAACAUUGAAACUUACCGCUCACGUUAAGAGUUGA